CAAUCACAACGAGCGGCGAUGCAUAUAAAGCAGGAGCGAAGGGUAAGCGGGGUAUCUGCUGGGAGGAUUGGGCCCCCAGCCGCUCUGCUCUGGAGGUUGCUGCGUGCCAGCAGCAAUGAAGGCUGCAAUGUCUCUGGUGGAAAGCCAAGGUAUUGUUUCAGCCACCGAGGUCCUCCUCGCAGCUGCUGUCUUCUGCCUGGUCUUCCUGCUCAUCCAGUCCCUGCAGCAGCACGUGCCCCAGGGGCUGAAGAGCCCCCCAGGACCCAGAGGCUACCCCAUCCUUGGCAACGUGCUGGAGCUGAGGAAGGACACGCAUCUGGCCCUGACCAGGCUGAGCCAGAAGUAUGGGGACGUGAUGGAGGUGCGGAUUGGCACCCGGCCUGUCCUGGUGCUGAGUGGGUUGGACACCAUCAGGCAAGCAUUGGUGAAGCAAGGAGAAGACUUCAUGGGGCGCCCUGACCUCCAUAGCUUCCAAUACAUUUCGAAUGGUCAGAGCCUGGCCUUCAGCCCUGACUCAGGGGAGGUGUGGAAAGCCCGCAGGAAGCUGGCCCAGAACGCCCUGAAGACCUUCUCUGUUGCCCCCAGCCCCACCUCCUCUUCUACCUGCCUCCUGGAGGAGCAUGUCUCCAAGGAGGCUGACUACCUGGUCAUCAAGUUCCUGCAGCUGAUGGAUGAGGGGAAGAGCUUUGACCUUAACCGGUACAUAGUGGUCUCUGUGGCCAAUGUCAUCUGUGCCAUGUGCUUUGGCAAGCGCUAUGACCACAACGACCAAGAGCUGCUCAGCUUGGUGAACCUCAACAAUGAAUUUGGGGAAGUGGCUGCUUCUGGCAAUCCUGCUGACUUCAUCCCUCUGCUCCGGUAUCUUCCCAGCCGCACCAUGCAGGUCUUUAAGGACAUCAACAGGCGUUUCAGCUUCUUUGUGCAAAAAAUUGUCCAGGAGCAUUUCAUCAGCUUUGAUAAGGAGCACAUCAGGGACAUCACAGACUCCCUGAUCGAGCACUGCCAGGAGAAGAGUGUAGGGGAAGAUGCCCAUGUCCCAGUCUCCAAUGAGAAGAUCAUCAGCAUUGUCAAUGACCUCUUUGGGGCAGGCUUUGACACUGUGGCAACUGCCUUGUCCUGGAGCCUCAUGUAUGCUGCCUUGUACCCUGACAUCCAGAAGAGGAUCCAGGAAGAACUAGACCAGACCAUAGGCCAGGAGAGGAGACCGAGGCUGUCGGACCGGGGCAUGCUGCCCUACACAGAAGCGUUUAUCCUGGAGAUGUUCAGGCACUCCUCCUUCCUUCCCUUCACCAUCCCACACAGUACAACAAAAGCGACGGUCUUGAAUGGCUAUUACAUCCCCAAGGAUACCUGCGUGUUUAUCAACCAGUGGCAAGUGAAUCAUGAUGAGAAACUUUGGAAAGACCCUUCAACCUUCAACCCCGAGCGGUUUCUCAAUGCCACAGGGACUGAAAUAAGUAGGACAGAGAGUGAUAAAGUGAUGGCUUUUGGUUUGGGGAAGAGGCGAUGCAUUGGGGAGUCCAUUGGCCGGUGGGAGGUCUUCCUUUUCUUGGCUACCAUGCUGCAGCAGCUGGAGUUUAGCCUUCGCCCUGGGGAGGAGGUAGACAUCACUCCUCAGUAUGGACUGACAAUGAAAUACAAGCAAUGUGAGUGCUUUGCAAUUAAGAGGCGUUUCCCCAUGAAGAGCUCUCCAUAAGCUGUGGGAGGAAGCAUCACUUUGCAGAAGAAAGCCAGCCCUUGGAGUCAGAUGCUCAGCCUGCUUUUGCUAAUGCUUUGUAGAAACCAACACAACCCCUCGCUGUGUUGCUUCACUGGAGGCUUGUUCAUCUCCAUGUAAAUGUGAGUGGGGAGGGAUAAUGCCAGCUUUGUUGGGCUCCUCACAGUCCCUACGGCAGCUCUAUUGCCAUUGCCUGCAGAAAAGCUCACCAGAGGUCCAGCCUGCCUAUCCCUGUUGGGAAGAUCCAAGGGGACCACAGCCCUGUAGUGGGGAGGAGGAUGUUUUGGGCUGGGAGAAGCGGUGUGGGAUGUCAGUAGGGGUAUCUUUGUCCUGCCCAGUACUGCAGGCAGAGCCAGAGCUGCUGGGAGCAACUCCCUUCAUCCACCAAAUAGGAAUAAACCUGCAGGUUCCUCUCUGAGAAACCUGGCCAGCCUUUUCCCAGCAGGUGAAAAUCUUUCAAGCUCAUUUUGCAGAGCCUUCAGCUCCUUGUGCUGAUGGGAAGGGACCCCCCCCGCUGAUCCAGCUGCUGGCUGAAUGGCUCUUGAGGUGCUGCAGAGGCCAGACCCUACCCAUCUCGAGUGGACCUGUGCUGGAGGCACCCUCACACAGCUAAAUUCCCUGAAUGUUAAUUCAUUAAAUGAAUCCCUGAGUGUUUCUACCAACCCCUGGUGACAGCCUACCAGGGGGUGGGGAAGCAACAAACCAACCUGUAUAAAGUAGUGCUGCUCACAGAUUGAGAUGUUAGGAGUUUAGCUAAUAAGAAGCCUGGUAAAUAUCAAAGGACUGAGAAUAAGGGACAAGAAGUAGUAAGAGGCACAGCAGAACACCUCUGGCUUUCAGACUAUAUUUGCUGCUUUUUUAACUGGUAUUUUUUUAGCAAGCAAUAGAUGUCUAUAUUCAGACUACUAAGAGGAGCAAGGGUUUGAGGACUGCAGGAGAUGCACUGUAAGGCAGUGCAUCUGUUGCAGUCCGCUUUAACCAGCGUGAAGGUGAAUUCUGAUAGCAAAUGGAGCAGCGAUUCCUGUUUGCAUUCCACACAGGUACAUCCAUAUGCUGGGAUAUAAACUGCACUGUAUUUGUAACCUAAUAAAUACUUAUAUUAAAGUUU